GUUUCUAGUUUAGUCACAAGUUCGAAUCCGUAGUGUAUCAUUUCAAACUUGUAUUUUCCCAAAUUAAAUUCACCAAUUUCUCGCCCAAGUACGUCUUCGAACUCCGAUUGUUUCCCCCCAGCAGCGGUAUGGCCCACAACGCAUCAAUUUUUCGCAAACUAAAAACCCCUCGAACGGAUCUACCAUCAUUAUACCGUCUGCAGCCGCAGCCUCAGGAUGAUAUGGGACCGUCCAGGGAGAAGAUCCCAAAGCUCAACAGCAGUCGCGACGCCUAUCAACUGCGCCGGUGCAAGGCCAUCAAGAAUUUCGGAGUGGUGGAGGAUCCUGCCAAAACAUCGAAGGUGAUCGUCCACGAUCUCAAUCAGAUGGAGGUGGACCAGCACACCGAGCUCAAAAACGCCUCGAAGCACACAUUUCGCACCAUGGGAGGAGGAGGAGCUGCAACAGCCGCAGCAGUUUCCGCAACAACGGCAAGUGGAUCCCAGAAAUACCUAAGCAAGGUCAGUCUCACCAAUCAAGCGUCCAAGACCACGCGAUCGUCAAUAGUUACGUCAAAUGUCAAGAAGCAGCAGCAUUCGCCGGACAUGGAGUACAAGGACUCGAAGGUCAUAAAGGAAGUUAAAGAAAUUAAGGAAUCGAAGGAAGCCAGGGAGCCCAAGGAGACCAAGCCCCACAAGGACAAGGAAGCCAAGUCGCCAAGGGGAAACCACAGCCAUCGUUCUUCUCGUCCCUCAACCGCCAAUCGCACCAAGACCUACUUUGACAAAUACCUCAAGUUCGCCUUCGACCUGAGCACUCCGGAAGGUGUCAAGCAAUUGGAGGACCACUUUUUCCCACACCCCAUCCCGUUGACCAGAAUACUACAGCCCCCAGUCAACAAUCACGGUCGGCGGAGUCGAAUGGUAACUAAUUUGGAAAGGAUCGAAUGCUACUGAUCGCGAGAAGAAAUAUGAGGGCGGCUAAAUUAAAUCGUAUUUUGCUCAUUGAUGCUCGAAAUGCAGCAAAACCCAACAAGCUCAAUGAGACGAUGCAGAAGUUAAAUAUAAAUUGAAAUAACCCGAACUUUUAUUAUUUUUGGCUAAUAAAUUAUAACAUAAAUAGCCUGAAUACACACACAAAUCUUUAUAAA